UUUAACCUAAUGCGAUUUGAAGGGACGCUUGGAUUUUUACAGUUCUACUCAUUUCUGCAGGACAAGCUUCCUCUUUUUUGUUCUCGGAGAAAACGGAGUCGGCAAACGGAGCUAAAUGCUCAAAGUUACAAAGGAAAUAAAGUUAGAGUUGCGAAAGCACAGCCUUCAACUCUUGAAGUCCAGCUCUUGGACAGUGGUGAAAUUUUAGGAACACUUGUAGAAUAUUGACUUAAGAUGGAACAGAUGCUGAUGGACUGGCAUGCAUCACCUCAGAGGAUGCUGCAGUCAAGCUGGAUUGAUCAAUCCCUAGAGCAAUGCCUGACUUCUUGUGUGCUGAAAUACCACUGCUUCAUAUUUAGCUGACCAGCCUCUUAUGCUUGCUUUUAAGCCUUGGUGACCCGGUUCUGGAGGGCUUUAGAUGUCCAGGUUGGCUUCAGGCAGUGAAACUUUCCCCAGUCAGACCCUCAAGGAUGUGAGGCUCUGGCUCAGGGUCCUCCUCUGCAGAAUUAACCAGCAGUUAAUACAAGCCCUGUUUCAUACAAUCUAUACUUCUCAGAGAUUCUUCCCCAGCUUAAGUAAUUCUCUGAUCUUUUGGCUGAAGAAAGCACAUGACCAGUGAAUGAUCCUGUGUGAACAGGAAUAGCAAGCUGGAGUUGUUGUCACCCUCCUCGGUUCCUUGGGAUGUCUUGGAAGAGGGGCUCAUUUUGUCCCUGCAGACAAGAGGAGGUGGCCAAGCUGGAAAAGCAUCUGAUGCUCCUCCGCCAGGAGUAUGUGAAGCUGCAGAAGAAACUUGUUGAUACAGAAAGGAGGUGCAACCUUCUGGCUGUGGAGUCCAACCAGGCCAAUGCCAGCGACACCUUCAUCAGUCGACUUCUCACCAUUGUAGCUGAACUCUAUCAGCAGGAGCAGUACAGUGAUCUGAAGAUAAAGGUUGGGGACAGGCACAUCAGAGCUCACAAAUUUGUCUUGGCCGCACGCAGUGAUACAUGGAGUCUUGCCAACCUUGCCUCAACAGAGGAGCUGGAUCUGUCAGAUGCUGACCCAGAGGUAACCAUGGCAAUGCUGCGGUGGAUCUACACAGAUGAACUUGAGCUAAGAGAAGAUGAUAUCUUCUUGACGGAGCUUAUGAAAUUAGCUAAUAAAUUUCAGCUCCAGCUGCUUAGGGAAAGAUGUGAAAAAGGAGUUAUGUCACUCGUUAAUGUCAGGAACUGCAUCCGUUUCUAUCAGACUGCCGAGGAGCUCAGUGCCAGCACACUCCUCAACUACUGUGCUGAGAUUAUUGCUAGCCACUGGGAUGACUUGCGUAAAGAAGACUUCAGCAGCAUGAGUGCUCAGCUAUUGUAUAAAAUGUUCAAGUCAAAGACAGAAUAUCCUUUGCAUAAGGCCAUUAAAGUUGAGAGAGAAGAUGUAGUCUUCUUGUAUCUUAUUGAAAUGGAUUCACAGCUUCCUGGGAAGCUCAAUGAAUUGGAUCACAAUGGAGAUCUUGCUCUGGAUCUAGCCCUGGCCCAAAGAUUGGAGAGUAUUGCAACUACACUGGUCAACCACAAGGCUGAUGUAGAUAGGGCAGACAAGACAGGCUGGAGUCUGCUCCAUAAAGCCAUCCAGAGAGGAGAUAAAUUUGCUGCAAACUUUCUCAUUAAAAAUGGUGCCCGUGUGAAUGCUGCUACACUGGGAGACCAGGAGACUCCUCUGCACCUUGUGGCAUCGUACAGCCCCAAGAAGCACUCGCCGGAUGUCAUGGCAGAGAUGGCACAGAUCGCGCAGUCCCUCCUGCAGGCAGGAGCCAAUCCAAACAUGCAGGACAACAAAGGCAGGACCCCGUUACAUGUGUCCAUUGUGGUCAGGAAUGAGCCUGUGUUCAGUCAGCUCCUGCAAUGCAAGCAACUAGACUUGGAGCUGAAGGAUCAUGAAGGAAGCACAGCUCUGUGGCUUGCAGUCCAGUAUAUCACUGUAUCAUCUGAUCAGUCUGUGAACCCUUUCGAGGAUGCCCCUGUUGUGAAUGGAACCUCAUUUGAUGAGAACAGUUUUGCAGCAAGGUUGAUCCAGCGAGGCAGCAAUACAGAUGCUCCAGACACAGUAACAGGAAACUGCUUACUUCAGAGAGCAGCUGGUGCAGGAAAUGAGGCAGCUUCUCUCUUCCUAGCAACUCAUGGAGCAAAAGUCAACCACCAAAACAAAUGGGGAGAAACCCCACUACACACAGCCUGCAGGCACGGCCUAGCAAAUCUGACAGCAGAGCUCCUGCAGCAAGGAGCCAAUCCCAACAUCCAGACGGCAGAAGCGGCUCUUGGGCAGAAGGAUGCAUCUGCUCCUCCAUCAGCAGAGAAUGUUCACCUGCAAACCCCCCUUCACAUGGCUAUUGCUUACAAUCACCCAGAUGUAGUGUCAGUCAUCCUAGAACAAAAAGCUAAUGCUCUUCAUGCUACCAACAACUUGCAAAUUAUUCCUGACUUUAGUCUAAAGGACUCAAGAGACCAGACUGUGCUGGGAUUGGCUCUUUGGACAGGCAUGCACACAAUAGCAGCUCAGCUGCUUGGAUCUGGGGCAUCCAUCAAUGACACCAUGUCAGACGGACAGACGCUCCUACACAUGGCAAUCCAGAGACAGGACAGUAAGAGUGCCCUCUUCCUGCUGGAGCAUCAGGCAGAUAUAAAUGUCAGGACCCAGGAUGGAGAGACAGCCCUACAGCUGGCCAUCCAAAACCAGCUCCCACUCGUGGUGGAUGCCAUUUGUACCAGGGGAGCAGACAUGUCUGUGCCGGAUGAGAAAGGAAAUCCUCCCUUAUGGCUUGCCUUGGAAAACAACCUGGAAGAUAUUGCAUCAACUCUGGUUAGGCAUGGCUGUGAUGCAACGUGUUGGGGGUCAGGACCAAGUGGCUGCUCACAAACCCUUCUCCACAGAGCUAUUGAUGAGAACAGUGAACAGAUUGCUUGCUUCCUGAUCCGCAGUGGGUGUGAUGUGAAUAGUCCCAGAAAGCCAGGCCCAAAUGGAGAAGGAGAAGAGGAAGCCCAUGAUGGACAGACACCCCUACACUUGGCAGCCUGCUGGGGACUAGAGGAGGUGAUCCAGUGCCUUUUGGAGUUUGGUGCCAAUGUCAAUGCUCAGGAUGCAGAAGGAAGAACUCCAAUCCAUGUUGCCAUUAGCAACCAACAUAACGUUAUCAUUCAGCUGAUGAUUUCACAUCCAGAUAUUAAGCUGAAUGUACGUGACAGGCAAGGAAUGACUCCCUUUGCUUGUGCUAUGACGUAUAAAAAUAAUAAAGCAGCUGAAGCAAUUUUGAAGAGGGAACCAGGAGCUGCAGAACAGGUUGAUAAUAAAGGUCGGAAUUUCCUGCAUGUGGCUGUUCAGAACUCGGACAUCGAGAGCGUGCUGUUCCUGAUCAGUGUGCAGGCCAAUGUCAACUCGCGGGUCCAGGAUGCCUCCAAACUGACCCCUCUGCACCUGGCAGUGCAGGCUGGCUCGGAGAUCAUUGUGCGCAAUCUGCUGCUUGCAGGUGCCCAGGUGAAUGAACUGACCAAGCACCGUCAGACUGCUCUUCACUUAGCAGCCCAGCAAGACCUGCCCACCAUUUGUUCAGUCCUUCUGGAGAAUGGAGUAGACUUUGCAGCUGUAGAUGAAAAUGGAAAUAACGCUCUGCAUCUGGCAGUGAUGCAUGGCCGUCUGAACAAUAUCCGGGUCCUCCUCACAGAGUGCAAUGUAGAUGCAGAAGCCUUUAAUAUCAGAGGCCAGUCACCAAUGCAUAUUUUGGGACAAUAUGGGAAAGAUAACGCAGCAGCCAUCUGUGACCUCUUCUUGGAGUGUAUGCCAGAAUACCCUCUAGACAAACCUGAUGCUGAAGGAAACACAGUGCUCCUCUUGGCUUACAUGAAGGGAAAUGCGAACUUGUGUCGUGCAAUAGUGAGAGCUGGGGCUCGCCUGGGAGUUAACAACAACCAGGGAGUCAAUAUCUUCAACUAUCAAGUUGCUACAAAACAGCUUCUCUUCAGACUGCUGGAUAUGCUGACAAAAGAACCUCCCUGGUGUGAUGGCUCCAACUGCUAUGAAUGUGCUGCCAAAUUUGGAGUCACAACAAGAAAGCAUCACUGCCGACACUGUGGACGCCUGCUCUGCCAUAAGUGCUCAACAAAGGAGAUUCCUAUCAUAAAAUUUGAUCUGAACAAGCCAGUUCGAGUUUGCAACAUCUGCUUUGAUGUCCUGACUCUGGGAGGAGUCUCCUAGUAUGCUCUGGAAGUAAAGGGAUUCCCAGUCAGUGCACCUGACAGCAGCUCUGCUUACAAGCCCUCGGGAUAGGGAAGAGGAGGCCUAUACAUGUCUUCUGCAAUAGACUGAACAAAUUAAGGACCCUGUUAUGAUAUACUCUGGUAUAAAUGAUUUUGUAUGACUGUAAAUGUAUCGGGCUGCGAUAGACUUCACUAGGAAUCAGAGUGGAUUGUUGAAACCAAGUGACAAAAGAAUUUAGACCCUCUUCUAGUUGCAGUGGGGUAUGGAAGCUGAAAUUUAUACUGAUUGAAUCGGCAUAAAACAGGUCUGUCCUCGACAUGGUGCUUUGCACUGAGCAACUCUAUUAAGUCCUGUGGCUUUCAGGCUGCUUAGUAGAGAUGGCAUUAAGUUUCAGGGUAACCAGGUAUCUUUCUUUGCUUUGUCUUAAACGUUCCCCUUCUCUAGAGAAGACUUCUUGUGAAGCUAAACUGAGCUGUUGCAACCACUGUUCAAGAAACUCUUCAGACCCAGGGGUAGUUCUAAGUAUAGCUCAAGAAUUGUGGCCUUACAGUAACAGAAAGCUUUACAACAUCUGAUGCGAAGCAGUCAGAAUUGCAGAUCCACGUCUUGAUACCUCCUCAGCAAACGACUCAUUAGCUUUAGCAUGUUCAAGAGAAGUGCAAGAUUGUUUUAGGAAAUGCUCUUGCUCAUACCUGCUGGAACUGUCAGUCUUCGUUGCACUUUCAUAUUUACGUUGUUGGUCCUUCCAGUUCAUGGAACUUGUAUAAAUGACCGUGAGUUUGCUGAAAGGCCUGAGCAUGUGCUAAAGGAGAAACACUAAAACUGGUGAAGUCUAACUCACAGUACAGCAAUAAAUGCUGAAGUGCAUUAGGAAUCCCAGGAGGGAGAGUAGCACUUUCCUUGGGUUUAAGGAGCCUGAACUGCUGUGGGAGAGUCAGUAACCCUACCAGUGUAGAAUGUGCUGCACCUCUAGACACUAAACUUGGGUCCAUUUUCAGCAGGAUUGCUGGUGAAUGGAAGUGUUACGUGGAGGCUUCCUAUUAGGACUAAGCUGCAGUAUUUUAAUCUAAGCUGGUUGUGCUCUCUUAAACAUGCUGAAUCUGUAGAAACCACCACAUUGUCUAGGUAAACACGAAAGUACUUGGCUGGUAGACCAGCUUUGGUGGGCAAAGGCUUCAGCUAGAAAAAAUGGGUACUUAAGCAAAACUACAUGCCAUGUUAAGGCUGUUUUUAUUCUAAGAGAUAAAGCUAGUAUAGACUCAAUUCAGCAUUCCUCAUCUUUACUACAUGAAUUGGUGUGCAUUUUUUAAUGACUGUUACUUCCAGCGAACAGGAUGGACAGGUGAUGAUGUGUUGCCCUGUUUGGAGCAGUGACUUGUUCAUCUUAAAGAGUAAGAUGAGAUGAUGAACCAGACUGCUGCUGUUAUGGGAGACUUGCUCAGUUUUUCUCAAGCUUGUACAAGGAGAGGAUAGGAGAGGGUGCAAUUGCUGACAUUUGCAUGAUUAAUUUCACAUCAAGUCUCACUUGGUCUGCACUUUCAUCUUCCACUAUGCAUAUAUUGUAACUGGAAUCACCCCUGUACCACUAGGGAAGAACAAUGGAUGACAAUACAAGCUUGCCUCACUGUUUGAUGUCUGCUGCUGUCAUGUUCCAACAGAAUGCUCUGGGUAACACAGCUGGUCUCUAACACAGUUACUAAAGCAAAUGGUGAAUCUCUGGCAUAAUGCAGGUGAAUGAGGGAAAGUAGUGGUGUCAGUUAAUGUUAGCUACAGUAAUUAAUGGUGUCAGUUAACUGCAAUUUACAGUUUGGGGGGUUUUGAGUGAAAUAGAUGAUGGAAACAUUGUACUUCUGGUCCAUUGCCUUCUGAUAUUUCAGGGUGUCACUGGUUGCACAUCUCUAGCAGUGAAAGAUAACGAUGGAGAGAAAGUGCAUUUGGUGAAUGAAGUCUUGACUGUAGUCCCAUGCUAACAUGUUGUUUUUCCUUCUUGGUUUGGAGCUGCAGGGAUGUAGAGGGGUAAGAGUGUGCUCAGAAUGCUGAAAGACAGUGCAGAGGAGGGGUUUUCCAAGGCCACAGCCUAUGGGCUUCAAACUGAUUGGAAAACUGCACAGCAUGUAAUUGCCAAAGCAUUUAAACAUCACUUUUUCAGUGGCUUCUCUGAUGGAAGGGGCAAAGGAACAGGGAGCUCAGCUCUAACAGAUGAAGCAAGUUUUUUAAUGAUGGAAAAUGUGGAUCUGGUGAAAAUUCAGCUUAACUGAAUGGCAAGUUUAAGGCUGGGUAGUUGGUCUUCUGAAAAGUAGGAUAUUGAUUAUAACUGUAAAACUCUGGGAAAGAUCUGGGAAACCAUUGGUAGUGCUCCCACUUUGCUGUUUACAGCCUGUACUGUCCCAGCUUUCUUACUGAAGUCUGAAAGGAAAGUUAAGGUUAUUGUUAAAUGUACAGCCUGAGGUGUUCAUUAAAUUUAAAGCAACUAAGUUCAGCAAAUUCGAUCCUUUUAAAGUGCCUUUGAGAUAGUUUCCUUCCAGUUAACUCUAAAUAGCUUUCUGCCAGAGCUAAAGGGGAAAAGCUCACUUGAACCAAAACCCAAGUUAGUUCUUUUCUAGUUCAGCUGAGGAGUUGACCCCGCCAGACAACUGGUGGGACUCAGUUCCUCACACACUCUGCCUAGUGUUGGUCUGAACUCUCAGACCACUGAGACUUUUUUGGGAGUUUUGCUGGCAAUGCUCCACUACAGGGUACAAAUGUGAAUGAAGCAAUUGGUAAUGUAGUGGUGGUCAUCACAUUUCUAACUCUAAACAAACUGCUCUUCCCUUUCUGUAGCAUAACACAGUUGUGACCAAACCCCCCACCCCUCUUACCCCUGCUGUUUUUUAGUGGUAUCUAUUAACUCGAGACUCGUCUGCCAAGCACUGAACAAAAGGUUAAAUGGAAAAUCAGUUUGUGUCCCUGGAAGUGCUGCUGUCACACGAGGCUUCAGGCACUUCAGCAGGGACACAUGGGAGGUUGGGUGGUUCAUGCUGUAGCUUUUUGUUCUGAGACUGGAUUCCUUUUGAUUGCAGUCAUCCAGCACUCUUACACAAGCAAAUUCCAUGGUCCAGCACUCUUACACAAGCACAAACUGUGGUCUGGCUGAAAUUUUGUGUCUGUAAAAGUUGCAGUCACUGUUUCACACCACUGAGUGGAGUGAGAAUGUUGCUGUUGAAGGUAACAGAGCAGAGUAAGUUGCUGGCUACAAGCUGACAGAUGCCUUAAUGACUUCCCUUGCUGGAGAUAACAGCUUGUCCAACUGCUCAUAAACUAACAUGUAACAGUAUGGGAGGCCAAGGCUGGAUUGUUUUGUAGAUCAAAUGUUAAUAGGCAAGUCCUCUUUUUUCUGUAACCAGCAGAGGUGGUCACUGCAGCAAACUUGUCUUUAGAAAAAUCAAAGCUUGUAUGAGUGACAGAAGUAACUGAACCUUCUAAUACCCUCUGUGAAGUAGAAAAGGAAGUCUUAGAACAAUGGCAUUUUAUCUGCAAUGUUUGUCCGGAGUCGUUGUAAAAAUGUAUUUUUCCAAUAUGCAUUACUUUGUUGUGUAAUGAUUCUACUUGUAAUAAAAUGCAGAACUAGA